GAUUUUGAGAUUUUUAUAAAAUUAACAUUUGAGAUACGGUAUGAUUAUUCUUGGAUCAAAAAUAAAAUUGGCUAGGAGCUUAAUUCAACCUGGCGCUUCAUGUCUCAGACAAGUGGUGGCUCAGCGACAGCUGGGCAUGGUUCCCAUUGUCAUAGAGCAAACUGGCAGAGGUGAGCGUGCAUACGAUAUCUUCUCUCGACUCCUCAAGGAAAGAAUCAUCUGCAUCAUGGGACCUAUUGACGACCAUGUAGCCAGCUUGGUUAUUGCUCAGCUGCUAUUCCUUCAGUCUGAGAGCGCCAAGAAGCCUGUUCACAUGUACAUUAACAGUCCUGGUGGUGUGGUGACGUCAGGUCUCGGUAUCUACGAUACGAUGCAGUACAUCCAGCCCCCCGUGGCGACCUGGUGCGUGGGGCAGGCGUGCUCCAUGGCAUCUCUGCUCCUGGCGGCGGGCAGCCCCGGCAUGCGCCAUGCCCUGCCACAUGCACGCAUCAUGACUCACCAGCCCCAUGGAGGAGCAUCCGGUCAAGCUACCGACAUUCAAAUUCAAGCUGAAGAAAUUUUAAGACUAAAAUCUAGACUAAACGCCAUAUAUUCUAAGCACACCGGCCAGCCCAUCGAGAAACUCUCGGCCAUGAUGGAGCGGGACAAGUUCAUGGACGCUGAGGAGGCCAAAGCUUUAGGCCUCAUCGACUCUGUCUUGGUGAAGCCCCCCUCUGCUGCCAACCCCGCGCCCCCUCCUUUAGAGUCCCCCCCGUCUUAGAUCAACUCGCACGGGGUGACCACGACUCUUCCACAAGAAGCUGAAGCUGGCAUUUUGUUUUGAUGUUUUGAAUGUUGUUACCCCUUUUAUAUUAUGACCUAUAAAAUAAAUCUGUCUUAAUACUCCGCAAUAUUGAUCAGUACGCUCACGAUGUGCGGAGAGAGAUGCUUUCUUGUGUGUACGUCAUCCAUUACUUGUGUGUACGUCAUCCAU